GACGCGAAAAUGGCCAGCUGGCCCAAAGAAUCUAAGAUCACUUACAAGCGGUGGCGAAACUCUGAACAGUGGGGUGAGGCAGAUUUUGUGGGCCACACUGAUGAGGUCCAGGGCACGGACGCUGAGAUCUGCACAGUAGCUUCAGCAGGAACUACGCAGUCCACAUCCAGCUCGGGAUCUAAUGAAAAUGGGGAAACCUUUACAGUGGAUGAUGCACUGGAGGCCAUCGGCUUUGGAAAGUUUCAGUGGAAAAUCUCUUUCCUCACUGGACUGUCAUGGGUAGCAGAUGCCAUGGAGAUGAUGAUCCUCAGCAUCCUGGGGCCCCAGCUCCACUGCGAGUGGAGGCUCCCCAGCUAUAAGGUGGCACUUAUAACAUCGGUGGUUUUUGUUGGAAUGGGGAUCAGUUCACCCAUAUGGGGGAAUGUAUCCGACAAGUACGGCAGAAGAGUAGGUCUGAUGACAUGUAUGUGUUGGACUUUGUACUACGGCCUGCUGAGUGCAUUCGCUCCGGGAUACGGCUGGCUCUUGUUCCUGCGAGGCCUCGUAGGCUUUGGGAUCGGCGGAGCUCCUCAGUCGGUGACGCUGUACUCAGAAUUCCUUCCUGUGAAGGCGAGAGGCAUCUGCAUCAUGCUGAUUGCGGCGUUCUGGGCAUUAGGUGCUGUGUUUGAGGUCCUCCUGGCCUUGGUGGUAAUGCCCACUCUGGGCUGGAGGUGGCUGCUCGGCUUUUCCACAAUACCUUUGGCAAUCUUUGUUUGUUUUUGCUUUUGGCUGCCUGAGAGUCCUCGCUUUGAUGUGCUGACGGGAAGAAGAGAAAAAGCCAGGGCAACCUUAACGCGCAUUGCUAAAGAGAAUGGCAAGACCCUGCCUCAAGGGAAGAUGAUCGCUUAUAAUCAGAUUGAACGUGGACGGAUCAAAGAUCUCUUCGCUCCUCAGUACAGGAGGACCACUCUGCUCCUGUGGUUCAUAUGGUUUUCAAAUGCCUUUUCCUAUUAUGGGAUUGUCCUGCUGACAACUGAGCUGUUCCAAGCUGGAGAUUUGUGCGGGAUAACCCGAGGGGCCAAGAUUGAACCGGACUGUAGUCUUGAAUGUAGAUAUUUAACAUCAGCUGACUACAAAGACCUUUUAUGGACAACCUUGGCUGAGUUCCCAGGUCUUUUAGUUGUCCUUCUAUUAGUUGACUAUAUCGGCAGGAAGAAAAGCAUGUCACUGUGUUUCUUCAUGUUUUUCUUGUGCAUUCUGCCGUUAUACGCUUGUGUUGGAAGGAUAGCUCUUACAGUCUUUAUCUUCAUUGCCAGAGCCUUCAUCUCUGGCGGAUACCAAGUUGUUUUUGUUUACACACCAGAAGUGUUCCCUACAGAAAACAGAGCUUUAGCAAUGGGAACUUCCAGUGCCACAGCCAGGUUGGGUGCCCUAAUUACACCCUUCGUGGCACAGGUGUUGCUCAGGAAGUCAGUGUAUUUGACUCUGUCUGUGUACUGCGGCUUCUCUCUGCUGGCCGGCGUUGCAUCCUUGAUCCUGCCCAUCGAAACGUUGGGAAGGAAUCUACAGGAGUCUACUGUUGACCAGGAGGCUGGAGGACAGACAGCCGCCACCACCAGCCAGUCAAAUAGUACAACAGAUUCAGCGGACCAGUGAUGGGCUGAGGCAGGAAAAUAAAAAAGGGGAAUUUAAAAGGAUGUUUUCUCACCUCCCGAGCUCCUGCAGUUGCCUCAGUUGUCAGUCUAAUGAUAGACAGACUCAUCUGAGCAAUGAUGGGUGAAGAACAGCAAGGGACACUCUCAUUACAGACAUGGAGGGAUAGUGAGGUUUGGCCUAAUGAGAGUGGAAGCACACUUGUUGGACUGGAUUGUUUACUCUUUCUUCCGCUCAGGCCAUGAGAAGCAACAGAAUGACAUUUUGAGAAAUUGAGAAAUUUAUUUAAAUGUAAAGGAAAUUUUCUUUCUCAAAAGUUCUCUUUGGACUUUGGUUUUUAUAAAAAUGACUUGUUUAAAGAGAUCACAUUGAGCUAUGGGAAAUCAACUUAAAAAAUUC